AUGUCCUUCAAACUCUUUCUUGCCACUCUUCCAGCACUGGCAAUUGCCUGCACCGGCCCAGCAAUUAACUCCAACGGCCUCAAUCUAAUCAAGAGCUUCGAGUCCUUUCAACCAACCGUCUACGACGAUGGCUUCGGCAAUCCAACCCUUGGCUACGGACAUCUCUGCGGCGACGCCACUUGCUCAGAAGUGACAUUCUCACAACCAUUGACGGAGGAGACGGCGAGCCAAUUACUGGCUAACGACCUGGUGAGCUACCAGGAUGGUGUAACGAAUGCACUUGCCACAGCGGUCACUCUGAACGACAACCAGUAUGCGGCGCUCGUGUCGUGGACUUUCAAUGUCGGCAACGGGAACAUGCAGAGCUCCAGUCUGAUCAGCCGCAUGAAUGCUGGCGAAGACGUGGGGACUGUUGCGUCUGAGGAGCUGCCAAAGUGGAAUAAAGCUAAUGGGGCUGUUGUUGAUGGACUAACGCGCCGUCGGGCCGAGGAGGUGGAGCUCUUUGGCGAGGCUUCUUCGACUGGGGCUUUGCCUGUUGGGUGUUAA